GGUUGAUGGACUCAGCAUACGGUGAUGAUGUUGCGUGACCUGUAUACCUCUCUAUCCUCGGCCACUUACCUAGCAACGUGGACCUAAAAGAAGCCGUAACACUUGAGAAAAAACACUUUAAAUAGCUUUUGAAGUAACGAGUGCAUUUGCCCGUUGCCUAAGGAUGUAGGCUUGCCUGCUGAAACACUCAAUAUGCAAAUCAGCCCGAGCGAGCGAGUCCAAUUGAAAAAGAUUUCCAAUGUGUAUUAGUGGCAGCGGACGCAAAGGGGAAUACCGAACAGGGGGACGACUUAUCGCGGCAGUUUGCUGUUGUUCCAGUUCUUGACCGGAACUCAUGGCCUGGACUCCGGAGUUAUGCCCAUUCCCGUUCCGGCUCCAACAUGAAGCUAUGAUUCACCGACAUAUCCACCGACAGAAGCAUCUGUAAACGUCUAUGACCACACAGGCUCUCCCUACCACUCGGGGAGAACAUGAGGGAGUGCUCCACCGUCACGGGAGACCUUCGUGUCUCCAUAGAUACAUCUGGAGACGGAGAGAGGGAGUGCUGAACACACUUGGCCGUCCCAGUUGCUUUGGGCGGGGGAAGAGAACGUUGGACUUUGGAAACUCUCAAGGCUCUUAAUAAUACUCUCACCAUCUGCCAAGCUCGCUCACGCCCUCGCAGCGCUGAUGAAUCAAACCAGGGAGGUCCUCUCCCAGAACAGUUGCUACACGUAUGUGAUGGAGGACGAGGAGACGGCCAGGGCCAGCGUCAACGUGUUCGAGCUCUCGGAGAGGGGCGAGCUGGCGGCGCUGGAGCGGCUGGUCCAGAGGAGCCCCGCCCUGCUGGAGGAGAGGGACGAGGGCGGAGCCGGCCUGCUCCAUCACGCGGCGGGGGGGGGACACGUCUCCCUCAUCCAGUUCAUCACCUCCCUGCUGCCCCCCGAGGAGCUGAAUGGCCGUGACGGGCAGGGCGGCACGCCGCUGCACUGGGCCGUGGAGAGGGACCAGGCGGCCAGCUGCAGAGCGCUGAUGGACCUCCGGGCCGAGCCCAACAUCCUCAACAACGCCCUCAUGUCCCCGCUGCACCUGGCCAUCAGCCACACCCACACCCCGCUGGUGGAGCUGCUGGUGUCGUACAUUAACACGGACUGCAACCUGAAGGGAGACCUCGGGAACACGCCGCUGAUGCUGGCCUGCUCCAUCAACAACUGGGAGGCCCUCAGUAUACUGCUGCAGAGCGGGGGCCGUCUGUGCAGUCAGAACAAGCUGGGCCACUUCGCCAUCCACGCCGCCGCCUUCGCCGGAGCCACCAGGUCCAUGGAGGUCAUCCUCACAACUGGGGAGAAGCUGGGCCACCCCCUGGAGACCCACAUCAACUACCUGGACAAGUCCAAGAGCAGCCCGCUGCACCUGGCUGUCAGGGGGGGCAGCAUGGAGGCCAUCCGGCUCUGCCUCCACACGGGGGCCCGGGUGGACCAGCAGCAGCUGGACCUGUCCUCUCCGCUCCACCUGGCCUCCACCCAGGGCGCCAUCGAGGCGGUGAAGAUGAUGCUGUCGUCGUACUGCGACGUGGAGAACAUCAUCAACCUGACGGACGGGGCGUGUCAGACCCCCCUGCACAGGGCCAGUAUAUUUGACCACGCUGAGCUGGUUGAUUACCUCAUUUCAAUGGGCGGCGAUGUGGAGCGCAUGGACUGCAACGGAAACAGCCCCUUGCUGUUGGCCACCAGCUGUGGCUCCUGGAGGACGGUGGCCUUGUUGCUGGCUAAAGGGGCGAACAUGGCCGUGCGCGACAGGUCUGGGUGUAACUUCCUCCACCUGGCCAUCCUGCAGCGCAAGGGACUGAAGAACCUGAGUGAGGACGUGCUGCAGAGUAAGGGCGUGAAGGCCCUGUUGAGCAGCGAGGACCACGACGGCUGCACGCCGCUGCACUACGCCUGCCGGCUGGGCGUCCACGACGCCGUCAAGAACAUGCUGGGGCUCUCCGGGGAGCUCUGCCUGGCCCUGAAGUCCAAGGACAAGAAGUCUGCGCUGCACUUCGCCGCCCAGUACGGGCGGAUCAAUACCUGCCACCGCCUCCUGGAGACCAUCACGGACUCCCGGCUGGUGAACGAGGGCGACGAGGCGGGGCUCACACCGCUGCACCUGGCCUCCAAGGAGGGCCACACCAAGGUGGUGGAGCUGCUCCUCCGCAAGGGGGCGCUGUUCCACAGCGACUACAGAGGAUGGACCUGUGUUCACCACGCGGCCAGCGAAGGAUACACGCAGACUCUGAGGAUUCUACUGUCUGCCAGCACCAAGCUGCUGGACAAAACCGACGAGGACGGGAACACAGCUCUGCACAUCGGAGCCAGGGAGGGACAUGUGUCGGCCGUCCUGCUGCUGCUGUCGCGCGGCGCGGAGAUCGUCCUGAGCAGGAACCAGACCUCCUUCCUGCACGAAGCGUUGCUGAACUGCCGGCAGGACGUGGUCAACGCCGUGAUAGACAGCGACAGAUGUACGGAAGCUUUGAGGAUGUUCAGCCCCGCCUCUUCCCAGCAAUGCCCCGUCAUGGACAUGAUUGAGAUUCUGCCUGAGAGUUACAAGUACCUGUUGGAUCGCUGCGUGAGGGAAUCGGAUGACGACCCAAACAGCCCGGAGUUCACUAUUGAAUACAAUUUCCAGUGGCUCCAGGCGCCCAUUUCCUUGAAGAAGAUGGCCAAGAUAACAGGACAGCCUGUCCCCAAAAUCCAGCCACUGGCCGCACUUAAUAAUAUGGUGAAAUACAACCGCAUCGAGCUCCUCUCUCACCCUGUCUGUCAGAAGUACCUCGAAAUGAAGUGGGUGGCCUACGGAAGCCUGGCCCAUGUGCUGAACAUGGUUCUGUACCUGAUGGGUCAGCUCCCUCUCACCUACCUCACCCUGGCGCUGAGGCCAUCCGUCAACACCACCUUACCGGGCCAGUUGGAUGUGGAGAUGGUGCCCGUCUCUUUCUCCGAGCAGAGCUUCUUCCUCUCGCUGUGCAUGGUGAUGGUGGUGGUCAUGAACUUCUACGCCAUAGGGAAGGAGGUGCUUCAGAUAUUCCAACAGCGCUGGAAUUACUUCAAGGAUUCGUCCAACAAUAUUGAUUGGCUUGUGGCCUUUUUCUCGCUCGCCUUCGUCAUUCCACUGGCCCUAAACGCCGAGGGGUCCCUACAUUGGCAGGCGGGGGCAAUGGCAGUUUUCCAUUCUUGGGUUUGCUUUCUGCUCUAUCUCCAAAGGUUUGAUCGUUUCGGUAUCUACGUGGUGAUGUUCGGCGAAAUCAUGAGGACCUUGGUCAGAAUCGUGAUGCUCUUCCUGUUCCUGAUGGUGGCCUUCGGUCUGGGGUUUCACGCACUGAUGCUUAACCAGAAAGAGUUUGCGACUGUGCCCUUGUCAGUCAUUCAGAUUUUCGUGAUGAUGAUCGGAGAAUUAAACUAUGAAACCAACUUCUUGAAGCCGAACCUCGACAACAAACUUCCCUUCACUUUCCUGACAUACGUGCUCUUUAUUGAAUUUGCUCUACUGAUGCCAAUACUGCUGGUGAAUCUGUUGAUCGGUUUGGCAGUCGGAGACAUCGCAGAAGUCCAGAAGAACGCUUCCCUGAAGCGCAUGGCCAUGCAGAUUGAACUCCACACGGUGCUGGAAGACAAGCUGCCCUAUUGGUUCAUGAAGCGCGUGGACAAGCCCUUCAUCCUCAACUACCCCAACCGGAAGUGCUCCAAGAGCUACAUUAAUAUGCUCCUGCAGAGGGAGGGGGAAGAGAGAACAGAUAUCAGGCCCCAGAUGACCAGCAAGUCAAGCCACGCCAAUCCUAUCGAGAAUGAACUCCAAAAGCAGAAGACCAGGAUGAAGGAGAUGUCCUGCCUGCUGGAGAAGCAGCACGGCCUCCUGAAGCUCGUCCUCCAGAAGAUGGAGAUCACGUCGGAGGCUGACGAGUACGACGGGCCGGAGCACUUCAGGGGCCGGGGGGGCCCCCGCAUGACCCCAGGCCCCCGGCCCCAGGGCGGCUCCAAGUGGAUCCCGCUGAUGAAGGCCCUCGACCGCAAGAGUUUGGGGAAAUAGGGUGCUGCUGUGUGUGUUUGUGUUUGUGCGUUCGUGUGUGUGUGUUUCUGUGUUUCUGUGUGUGUGUGUGUGUGUGUGUGUGUGUUGUAGAAUCUACAAAGUUAAUAAACUUUGAAUCACUGCCUUUGCCUUCGGGCUCUGUUCGUUGUUUUGGGAGUUAAACUGUCAAACCGUUUCAUGUUUUGAUGUUUUAACUUUGAUUAAAAUUUAAAAAGGGCAUUAUCGUACAUAACUGUCACUUAAAUAAAUGUUGUUGUGGAAUAAAAAGCACAUUGUCUACAAAGCAAGGUGCUACAUGCAUUGCCUCUUUGAUAAGCUAUCGAUACCGUCAGCACAAUGUCAACUAAUACUGUAUUGUUUGUGUCUGAAGUAAUCUCGUCGUUGAAAUACCAUAUUUGAAUGUCUUAACUUGUGCUGCAUGUACUGUAUUUAUUAUAUUUUAGUUGUUUGUAAACUUGAAGUUCUUGGUACUGUGUGUCAUUGAAUCUUAAUAAAGAAUGAAUAAAGCUUCUAUCAAAU